AACGUAUUUCCUAUGUUUACAAAAACCAGUGCCAUGGCCCGAGAAAAUCGAAGUUUGUGACGAUAAUGAUGUGAACUGUAACGGAACCAGAUUAUUUCAUAGAAUAAUUCACAUUAGUCUAAACUUAACACGAACGUGUGAACUAAUGACCCAUCGUAAUUUCAAAACCAUGCCUGUGCUGUAGCCAGUCUCGGAACAGGUCGAAGUGUUCUAAACUAAAAGACGGUUUAAGACGAGAAGGAAAAACAGCAGACUUCGCACACAGGGAUCGUGAAUCAUGAAUGAACUUGAGAAACUCGAGCAUCUUUCUUUGGUAUCGAAAGUCUGCACAGAGUUAGACAAUCACUUGGGAUUGAAUGACAAAGAUCUAGCUGAAUUCAUCAUAUCCUUAUCAGAGAAAAAUGAUACGUUUGAUGCUUUCAAGAAAGUUCUUUCUGAAAAUGGAGCAGAAUUUUCAGACUCUCUGAUUGCUAACCUGCUGAGAUUGAUACAGAAGAUGAAGCCAAAAUCUCGAGAAAAAGAGAAAACCGAUGACAGCUACAAGGAAAACCAGAGAGAUGAUGACGUUAGUCUGAAGAGGAAGCUAUACCCAGGAUUAGCUUUGGCUAACGACCCAAACACCAGGAAAAUGUUGGAAGAAAUAAAAGAAGAAGAAACUGCGGAUACUGAUAAUAUAAAAAAAGAGGACACAGAGGUUGCUGAUGAUAUGAUGGGUGAACUUAUGGCACUGAUGUCAAAGCCCCCCGACAGUCAAAGUGAUGACAAAGCUAAGAAACAUCAAACCAAGCAUAGUCGCAGUAGGAGUCGAGAACGAGACAGAAAACAUAGCCGCAGUAGGAGCCGAGAACGAGACAGAAAACGUAGCCGCAGUAGAGAGCGUGACAGGAAAAGACAUAAAAACCAUCGUCGGUCAAGAAGUCGGUCACCAAGAGACAGAAAAAGAAGUCGUAGUCGUGAAAGACGACGGGACAGAUCAAGAUCAAACGAUCGGGACAGAAAACACAGAAAGCGGUCAAGGAGCAGGAGCAGGGAGAGACAGAGUAAAUAUUAUCGUGAUGAAGAAGAUAGAAAAGACAGAUACAGAGGAGGGAGAAAUAAACGAGAGCAGGAAUCAGACGAUGAGGAAAUUCCGAUGGAGCCUGUUGUUGGCAGGAUAUUUAAGGGAAGAGUGACCACAUUGAUGCAGUUUGGUUGUUUUGUACAACUGGAAGGUUUAAGGAAGAAAUGUGAAGGACUUGUUCACAUAUCACAGCUGAGGAGAGAGGGACGUGUGACAAAGGUCAGUGACGUGGUUCAACGAGGUCAGAAGGUCAAGGUCAAAGUGCUGUCAUUUGCUGGAAAUAAAACAAGUCUUUCAAUGAAGGAUGUCGACCAGGAAACAGGAGAGGAUUUGAACCAGGAGAGGACGCGAUCUCUGGUUGGUGGAGAAAUGAAGGAUGAAAGCGAGGCUGCGCGUAACCCGGAUCGUCCAUCCACUCUACCGAUGAUGGACCUUCCAGAUACGGACGAAACACAGGAUAAGAAGCGUGUCCAGCGCAUUUCUUCACCUGAAAAGUGGGAAAUCAAGCAAAUGAUAGCUGCGAAUGUCAUAGACAAGUCAGAGUUACCCGACUUUGAUGAGGAGACUGGACUACUUCCUAAAGAAGAGGAUUCAGAUGAGGAUGUUGAGAUUGAACUGUUAGAGGAGGAAGCUCCCUUCCUGGCAGGUCACGGGCGUGCUGGGAUUGACCUUAGUCCUGUCAAAAUCGUCAAGAAUCCUGAUGGGUCGCUGUCCCAGUCGGCCAUGAUGCAGAACGCCCUGCAGAAAGAGCGGCGAGAGUUGAAACAGGUUCAGAGAGAGGCGGAGAUGGGCAGUGUCCCUGCUGGUCUCAACAAUCACUGGAUUGACCCCAUGCCUGAAGCUGAUGGACGACAACUAGCUGCAAACAUGAGAGGAAUUGGGAUGACUCCCAACGAUAUUCCUGAUUGGAAGAAACAUAUCACAGGGGGACAAAAGGCUUCAUACGGUAAAAAGGAGAAUAAAUCAUUGCUGGAACAGAGGCAGGGUCUACCCAUCUAUAAACUUAAGGAUGAACUCAUCAAGGCUGUCAAUGACAAUCAGGUGUUGAUUGUUAUUGGAGAGACAGGGUCAGGAAAGACAACUCAGAUCACACAGUAUUUGGCUGAAACUGGAUACACGACACGCGGUAAGAUAGGAUGUACUCAGCCUCGUCGUGUGGCCGCCAUGUCUGUCGCCAAGAGAGUGUCGGAGGAGUUUGGUUGUCGUCUGGGUCAAGAGGUUGGUUACACAAUGCGUUUUGAGGACUGCACGAGUCCGGAGACCAAGAUAAAAUACAUGACUGAUGGUUUUAUGCUGAGAGAAUGUCUAAUAGACCCAGAUCUCCUGCAGUAUUCCAUCAUUAUGUUGGAUGAGGCUCACGAACGUACCAUACACACAGACGUCUUAUUCGGGCUGCUUAAAGAGGCAGUCAAGAAGCGUAAGGAUCUGAAACUGAUUGUAACUUCUGCCACACUAGAUGCUGUCAAGUUCUCACAGUAUUUCUUUGAAGCACCAAUCUUUACUAUUCCGGGGCGGACAUACCCUGUUGAAGUGUUAUACACCAAAGAGGCAGAGACUGACUACCUGGACGCCUCCAUGAUCACCGUAAUGCAAAUACACCUGAUGGAGCCGCCAGGAGAUGUAUUACUGUUCCUCACUGGCCAGGAGGAGAUCGACACAGCCUGCGAAAUCCUGUACGAACGUAUGAAGGCCCUGGGCCCUGAGGUCCCAGACCUCAUCAUCCUCCCCGUGUAUAGUGCACUUCCUGGUGAGAUGCAGACCCGGAUCUUUGAGCCUGCUCCUCCUGGGUCUAGGAAAGUCGUUAUCGCGACCAACAUCGCGGAAACUUCUCUUACCAUUAAUGGAAUUUAUUAUGUGGUGGAUCCUGGCUUUGUGAAACAGAAAGUGUAUAACUCUAAAACUGGAAUGGAUCAGCUGAUUGUUACUCCAAUUUCACAGGCUCAGGCUAAACAGAGAGCUGGUCGGGCAGGAAGAACUGGUCCCGGAAAAUGUUACAGACUCUACACAGAACGUGCGUAUCGUGACGAGAUGCUGGCAACAAACGUACCCGAGAUUCAGAGGACAAACCUGGCCAGUACUGUGUUGUCCCUGAAGGCGAUGGGGAUCAAUGAUCUACUGGCUUUCGAUUUCAUGGAUGCCCCACCAAUGCAAACGUUGAUCUCUGCAAUGGAACAGCUACAUGCUCUCACUGCCCUGGACGAUGAAGGUCUGCUGACCAGACUCGGACGUAGGAUGGCAGAGUUUCCCUUGGAGCCGAUGUUGUCCAAGAUGUUGAUUAUGUCUGUCCAUCUGGCAUGUAGUGAUGAAAUUCUCACAGUCGUGUCCAUGUUGUCCAUACAGAAUGUCUUCUACAGACCCAAGGACAAGCAGGCAAUGGCGGACCAGAAAAAGGCCAAGUUUCACCAGUCAGAGGGCGACCAUCUUACUCUGCUGUCUGUCUACAACUCAUGGAAAAACAACCGCUUCUCCAGUCCCUGGUGCUACGACAACUUUGUCCAAAUACGUACGCUUAAACGGGCCCAGGAUGUACGCAAACAGAUGCUUGGCAUCAUGGACAGACACAAGUUAGAUGUUGUGAGCUGUGGGAAGAAUACCGCCCGGGUACAGAAGGCAAUCUGUAGUGGUUUCUUCCGAAAUGCUGCUAAGAAAGACCCCCAGGAGGGCUACAGGACAUUGGUAGAUAGCCAAGUAGUCUACAUACACCCAUCUAGUGCCCUGUUCAACCGACAGCCGGACUGGGUGAUUUACCACGAACUGGUGCUGACCACAAAGGAAUACAUGCGUGAAGUUACAACUAUUGACCCAAAAUGGCUCGUGGAAUUCGCUCCCAAAUUCUUCCGAUUCUCUGACCCAACCAGACUGAGCAAGCACAAGAAGCAACAGAAGAUUGAACCCCUGUACAACAAAUAUGAAGAGGCAAACUCAUGGAGGAUUUCCCGCGCCUUCAAGAAGGUUCAUACAAAGGUCACAUUCUGAGGUGUUGAGGACUGACUAUAGAGGACCUAUUUUCUGGACAAUGUUACUUGCUUCAAAAAAAAUUCUGAAGUGGUUACAACAGUUGUCAUGUCAAUCAACUUCGUGCAACAGUGUUGUUUGCAUGUGACCCGGAUUGAAUUGAUUCAGCACAUUAUCAGGAUAUGUGCAUAAGAAGGCAGUUUUGUUGUCCUUCGAGAACUUUCCAACAAGUCCUAUUGAAAUGUGUGGAUGUGUGAAAUUCUCGAAAUGAUACAGGAAAAUUCAAGCAAGUCCUAUUGAAAUAUGUGAAAUUCUCAAAAUAAAAUAAAAAAUUUUAAACAAGUCCUAUUGAAAUAAUAGAAAUUUUGCAAUGAAAACAGGACAUCAGCGUGUUUUAAUCUGAGAACAACUGUACAGAUUUUAUUCAUAUGUUGCUACAUGACUGUAUAUAGAUUGAUGCGGUUAUGGUACCUGUUCAGACUAAAUAUUACUGAUGUCACAGAUUCUAUGUUUCUUGGUAUAACACAAUAAUCAUGAAACAAGGUAUUACCAAUAUUAUAAACUGUACAGAAUUGAUUUUAAGAAAUAUAAUGAGUAAGAAAUAUCUCACGAUCAUUUUCCCUUUUCAAAGAAUAUUGUCCCCAAAAUUUUAAGGGACAAAUUUGAAAUGUGUAUACUAUAGGACGGAUCAUUCAGCAAUGUGCCAGGCCAUCCACUUAAAGCAAAGUGUCCUAAAAGCUAAAUUAAAAAAGUUCUACUUAUAAUAAAAUAUUUGUGGACAUUUGGCAAAUGCAUGUGCAGUGCACAUCAAAUAAAAGAUGAAUAAGA